AUGGACUGCGGUCACACUUUUUGCAACGACUGCUGGCGGCAGCACUUCAAGGUUCAAAUCGGCGAGGGGCAAGCAAGGACGAUACGAUGUAUGUCGCACAGAUGCGGGGUGGUGUGUGACGAGGAGAAGGUUUGUGCGCUGCUAAAGAGCGAUUGCGGGACAAGAAGCAGCAGCGCCGGAGGUGCAGGUGGGGUUUGUGGGGGGAGCAGCUCUGGAGGCGGUGACGGGACCAAUGUGAGUUCCGACGGGGGUGUCAAGGAGGCGGCUGGGGCACUGGAGAAGUAUACACGGAGUCUUGCGCUGUCAUAUGUGGAGGACAAUGCGCGAGUUCAGUUUUGCCCAAGAGUGCCUUGGUGCGGCCAUGCCAUCCAGGUAGACGGCGAUCCCUUCGUGGAGCCUGAGUGCGCGUGCGGCAAGGUCUUCUGCUUCAAGUGGGACGAAUGGGACGAGAAGAUUCAUGGGGACAGCGAGACGCGUAACUGGUUCAUGGCUAACACCAAGCCCUGUCCCAAGUGCCAGAAGCCCGUAGAGAAGAAUGGUGGCUGUAACCUGGUCAUGUGCAAAUGCGGUCAGGCAUUCUGCUGGCUAUGCGGCGCGGCCACGGGCACCGCGCACACGUGGCAGAAGAUCGAGGGGCACAGCUGCGGCCGCUGGAAGGAUGAGAUGGACCGCAAGAUUGACGCGGCGGCCCGCAACCACCAGCGCUAUAUGCACUACUUUGAGCGCUAUAAGCUGCACAUGGACUCGUAUAAUAAGGAGGGUGCGAAGCGCACCGACCUGCUUAAGCGGAUCGGUGAAAUGGUGGAGACGGGGAUCGAAGCGCGGGACUACACCUGGCUGGUGCGCGCCAUGGACCAGCUUAAGGUCGCGCGCGGGGUACUGUCCAACAGUUAUGCAUUCGCCUACUUCUUUUUCGGAGGUGAGAUGUACAAGGACAACUUUUCGGAACAGGAGAACCAGAGGAACCAAACCCUGUUUGAGGACUAUCAGCAGCGCCUGGAAAGCGAGGUGGAGCGCCUAUCGGGACUUGUGGAGGACUGCAGCGGUUCGCUCACGAUUGACGCGGAUGCGCGUGUGCAGGUCAUCAACUCCACGGUCUCCAUCGAGAGCCGCAUCAUCAAGUUCUUCGAGAUGAUCGAGACGGAUUUGUACGGACAGCUUCAAAGCUGCUCCGCGCAAAUCGCGGUCUACAGGUCAAAGCGCAACCUGGUCGCGUGAGAGCGGCACAGGGAGGAUGUGGAGCCCGCCGGCGUGGUGUGAUGUGCAAGGCACAGCGUGGCGCAGACGCGCACAGGCAUAACGGCGUCUGGUAUGUUGUGGCUUUCCACGGGGUUCAUCGGAAGGGGCCGGUUCAUCCGGCUGAGGUACUGGCGACCGGGUGGAGUGCACCCGAAACGGAAGAUUCUGUGCAAGGCGCACUGCUCCAGGAUCCUGUGCCUCGACAAUGACGCUGACUGGUUCGAAGGAGGGUGCUGUCAGCGCCAUCCCCAGGUUUGGCCGCGAGGCGGGCGAAGACACGUUCGCUACUUGCCGCAGCCUACUAACGAAGGGGGGAUCACGGGCUGUACUGGUAGGGAAAGGUGAGGUAAACUGGCUGAGGGGCCUGUGCGCUGAAGGCGGGGUAGUUGUCUGUUCGCACAUUGGUUUGGCUGGUGCACCUAGGCUUCAACAACCGAUGUGGGAAUGGGAGGAGCCAGGCCAGGCUUAACCUUUGGAGAAAGGGGCAAGGG